AUGGCCCUGCCUGCCAGCCAAUACUCCGUGCUGGAUGCCGAAACUGUGGAGCGCCUGGACGACGACACCUUCCUCUGCCAUGUGGCGGGCCUCACCUUCUUCAGCUUCGAGGUUCACCCUGUGCUGACAGUCUCCGUCAGCGUGGGCCCCACCGGCCCCACGGUGGACCUUCUGAAGACCGAGCUGCGGGGUUCCCGCACUGUGCGCGCCGCCAACGAGAGGUUCACUGCCCGGAUGAGGAACCGGGUCAGUUGGAAACCGGGCGAGGAGGAGGGGGCUCGUGUCCUCGUCAGCGACGUCGACCUCACGGUCACGCUGGAGCUCCCAGGCUGGUUCCCGCUACCCCGAGGCGCCGUCCAGGCGACAGGCGAGUGGUGCGGGAAUGCUGUGCUGGGGCGAGUUCUGGACGUGGCUCUCCCUCGAUUCCUGAAACAGCUCGAGAAAGACUACCAGCUGUGGGCGGAGGGAGCCCAUGAGGAGAGGAUUCUGGAUAUGGAGUAG